AAUUCACGUCGCCAUUGUGGUGAACACGUCAUUGCUGAGAAUUGAACCAGUCUCCACGCGUCCAACACUAUAUACAAAGCCAAAUAGACUUGCUCCCUGCUCUGCGUUUUCUGCCGUGUUUCCUUCCUUCUUCCUCUGCCUAGAAAAACCCCUAUCGAAUUACAGCUCAUUUUUUUUUUUCUCAGUCAAUUCCGUGAAGUUAGUAGUAGGCCAAACUAAGUACACGUGAACACCCUAAGUUAUUUGCUUUCUGCUUUUUUCUUUAUUUUAUUUUUGCCUUCUGUUUUCUUCCGAGGAUUCAGAAUCCAUGAUGGCUCGCUGAUUUUUAGUUGCGAAGAGAGCGUAUAACGUCUUGUAAGAGAGUCUGUUUCUCUUUGGAUAGCAUACAAUGGGCAACUGCUUAGAUUCUUCAGCUAAAGUGGAUACAGCCAUUUCUGGAUCGGGAGUCUCAAAAAAUUACAGCAAAAACAGUCGUUCAUCAGCUCCUUCCAGCCUGACCAUUCCAUCUUUCAGUGAAAACAGCAAUGCUUCAAGUCUCCCUACUCCUAGGUCUGAAGGAGAAAUAUUAUCCUCUUCAAAUGUGAAACCCUUCUCGUUCAAUGAGCUAAAGAAUGCCACCAGAAAUUUCCGCCCCGAUAGUCUUCUUGGUGAGGGUGGAUUUGGUUAUGUUUUUAAAGGAUGGAUUGAUGAACACACGCUUUCAGCCGCAAAGCCUGGAUCUGGAAUGGUUGUUGCUGUCAAAAAGCUUAAAUGUGAGGGUUUCCAAGGCCACAAGGAGUGGUUGACUGAAGUUAAUUAUCUUGGCCUACUUCAUCAUCCAAAUUUGGUUAAGCUAAUUGGGUACUGCCUGGAGGGCGAGAAUCGGCUUUUGGUCUAUGAGUUCAUGCCUAAAGGGAGCUUAGAGAAUCAUCUGUUUAGAAGAGGGCCACAACCACUUUCUUGGGCAAUAAGGAUGAAGGUGGCAAUAGGUGCUGCUAAAGGGCUCUGUUUUCUUCAUGAGGCCAAGUCACAAGUCAUCUAUCGUGAUUUCAAGGCUUCGAAUAUCCUAUUAGAUGCGGAAUUCAAUGCCAAGGUUUCUGAUUUUGGUUUGGCUAAGGCUGGCCCAACUGGUGAUAGGACUCAUGUAUCUACUCAAGUCAUGGGUACUCAUGGCUAUGCUGCACCUGAAUAUGUUGCUACAGGUCGGCUGACAGCAAAAAGUGAUGUCUACAGCUUUGGGGUUGUGUUGUUGGAACUAUUGACAGGCCGACGUGCUGUUGACAAGACCAAAGUUGGUGUUGAGCAGAAUUUGGUAGACUGGGCAAAACCAUAUUUAGGUGACAAACGAAAAUUGUUCCGCAUUAUGGACACCAAGUUAGAAGGCCAGUACCCCCAGAAAGGAGCCUAUACGGCUGCCACCCUUGCCUUACAGUGCUUAAGCAUUGAUGCGAAAGUGAGGCCUCGAAUGGCUGAGGUAUUAGCUACACUGGAACAGCUUGAAGGCCCCAAAACUCCAGGUAGACUCUCCCACUCGGAGCAGCAGAGAGAUGCGCCCAUCCGAAAAUCCCCGAUGCGACAACAUUGUUCUCCUCGAAAUCUAACGCCUGGUGCGUCUCCAUUGCCAUCCCACCGGCAACUUCCUCGAGUACGCUAAACAAAUAAGAUUUUGUGUAAAUUUCUUAUUUUUCCAUAUUAUGUUGGCUUUAAAGGAUGUAGUAUGGCCAUAGAUCUUGGCAUGAUCUUGAAUUACACUCAAGUGAUAGUUACCACCUGUAUAUACUGAAUUCAUGUAGCUUUUUGGUUGUGUUAAUCGAUUGUUUUGUGUAUUCUGUUUAA